CGAAAGCGCGCGGGCCCGGAGGUCAAGCGGGGGGCGCUCUAGGCACCUCUUUGCCUUCCGACUGAGACCUCAGUCUCGCGCUCCCGGCAGUGGGUUCGCAGACCGGCGGCUGGAAGAACGGCUCUCGUAGGCCCGCCCGAGCCCGCCCCUCCCCGGGGCCUCCCCCAGGGUUUGGGCACGUCUCGGUCUCCCUCCCACCAUCCCGGGGCCGGGACGUGAAGCAGCUGCCAGGCGGCCGCGGCCGCAGGAGUGGGGCCCGGGGCGCGCACGGACUUGAGCGCUGAAGGUCCGCCAGGGCCGGCCGCGGAGUUCCCCGGCGGGGCCGGCGCGCCGGGAGAGGACCGGGUCCGAGGGCCCCGGGCGCGGCAGCCGCGCCAGGAGGUCCCGCCGCGAGCGUGACCUCACGGGGAGGGGCCAGCGCGGCAGCCCUGGGCGCGGAGCCGAGCGCAGAGAGCGCAGCGCCGGAGCCGAGCCGCGAGGAGCGCACGCCGCGGCCCAGAUGGAGCGGUUCAAAGCACAGGGGUGUUGCUGUCUGGUGGUACAGAGAAGGAUGCUGCAGGUUUCUGCUUCCCUGGAGCAGCUGCUGACAGAGCUGGAUGACUUCCUCAGGAUUCUUGACCAAGAGAACCUGAGCAGCACAGCUGUGGUGAAGAAGAGUGGCCUGGCCGAGCUCCUCCGGCUUUACACCAAAAGCAGCAGUUCUGAUGAGGAGUACAUUUAUAUGAACAAAGUGACGGUCCACAAGCAACAGGAUGCUGAGUCCCAAGACAAAGCACCCGAGGAGCAGAGCCCACUGACCAACGGCGAGCCCGGCCAGCACUCCUCCGCCCCUCAGAAGAGUCUUCCAGACCUCCCGCCACCCAAGAUCAUUCCAGAACGGAAGCAGCUCUCCAUCCCAAAGAUCGAGUCUCCAGAGGGUUACUAUGAAGAGGCUGAACCAUAUGACACAUCCCUCAAUGAUCAUUCUGGCAGACUUCCCCCCAGUGGAGUCCCCAGAUGGGUGCAGGUGCCUGAAGGAGUCGUUUACGCCACGAUCAGCUUGGAGGACGGAGAGGCCGUGAGCAGCUCCUACGAGUCCUACGACGAGGACGAAAGCAGCAAGGGCAAGUCGGCCCCCUACCAGUGGCCCUCGCCCGAGGCCAGCAUCGAGCUGAUGCGUGACGCCCGCAUCUGUGCUUUCCUGUGGCGCAAGAAGUGGCUGGGCCAGUGGGCCAAGCAGCUCUGCGUGAUCAAGGACACCAGGCUCCUGUGUUACAAGACCUCCAAGGACCACAGUCCUCAGCUGGACGUGAACUUGCUGGGCAGCAGUGUGGUGCACAAGGAGAAGCAAGUGCGGAAGAAGGAGCACAAGCUGAAGAUCACACCGAUGAACGCCGACGUGAUCGUGCUGGGCCUGCAGAGCAAGGACCAAGCUGAGCAGUGGCUCAGGGUCAUCCAGGAGGUGAGUGGCCUGCCUUCUGAAGGAGCUUGUGAGGGAAACCAGUACACCCCAGAUGCCCAGCGCCUGAGUUGUCCGAAACCAGAUGUAACUGAGAAGUACCUGUCAGCCUCGGAGUAUGGAAGCUCCAUAGAUGGCCACCCUGAGGUCCCAGAGACCAAAGAUGUCAAGAAGAAAUGUUCUGCUGGCCUCAAACUGAGCAACCUAAUGAACCUGGGCAGGAAGAAAUCUACCUCGCUGGAGCCUCCGGAAAGGUCCCUCGAGACAUCCAGUUACCUGAACGUGCUGGUGAACAGCCAGUGGAAGUCGCGCUGGUGCUCCGUCAGGGACAGUCACCUGUACUUCUACCAGGACCGGAACCGCAGCAAGGCGGCCCAGCAGCCCCUCAGCCUGGUGGGCUGUGAGGUGGUGCCGGACCCGAGCCCUGACCACCUCUACUCCUUCCGCAUCCUCCACGACGGCGAGGAGCUGGCCAAGCUCGAGGCCAAGUCUUCCGAGGAAAUGGGCCACUGGCUAGGCCUCCUGCUCUCUGAGUCGGGCUCCAAGACAGACCCAGAAGAAUUCACUUACGACUACGUGGACGCCGAUAGGGUUUCCUGCAUCGUAAGCGCCGCCAAAACCUCUCUGCUACUGAUGCAGAGAAAGUUCUCAGAGCCGAACACUUACAUUGACGGCCUGCCCAGCCAGGAUCACCAGGAGCUGCUGUAUGAUGACGUGGAGGUGUCGGAGCUGACGGCAGUGGGGGAGGCCCCUGAGGAAGCUGCUCCUGCGACAGGUGCUCCGAGUGAGCCUGACCCCGACCGCGUAUACCUGGACCUCACGCCCGUCAAGUCCUUCCUGCACGGCACCGGCGGUGCACAGGCCCGGGCCUCCUCACCCAUGCCACCCCAGCCGGACCCUCCGGCCGAGGCCCUCUCUGCAGACCUGAACCCCACCCCCGAUGAGCCCCUCGUAAAGUCUCCAGAGAACCCUGAGUUGCAGCAGAUGCAGCAGGGGAGUCAGGAACCUGAGGAGCCGUGCCUGGGAAUCACGGCAGUCAAAAUCCAGACUGAACAGCAGAAGAUCUCCUUCCCACCGAGCUGCCCUGACACUGUGCCCGUCGCCCCAGCCGGGGCCAGCCCACCUGUGAAAGACAGGUUGAAGGCAACCAAUGCAGAGAUCAAACUUGGCAAGAACAGGACAGAAGCCGAGGUGAAGCGGUACACAGAGGAGAAGGAGAGGCUUGAGAAGAAGAAGGAAGAAAUCCGUGGGCACCUGGCUCAGCUCCGGAGGGAGAAACGGGAGUUGAAGGAGACCCUGUUGAAGUGUACAGACAAGGGGGCGGCGGCCGGCCUGGAGGAGAAGCUGAAGGAGAUCGACGAGGAGUGCAGGGUGGAGGAGCGCAGGCGUGUGGACCUGGAGCUCAGCAUCGUGGAGGUGAAGGACAGCCUGAAGAAGGCCGAGGCCGGGCCCGUGACGCUGGGCACGACCGUAGACACCACCCACCUGGAGAACGUGAGCCCCCGCCCCAAAGCUGCCACCCCGACUCCUGCCCCGGACUGUACCCCAGUCAACUCCGCAACUGCGCUCAAGAACAGGCCUCUGUCGGUCAUGGUCACGGGCAAAGGCACCGUCCUCCAGAAAGCCAAGGAAUGGGAGAAGAAAGGAGCAAGUUAGGAAACAAACUUCAUCUAGAGACUCUCCUGUCAAUAUGGACCUUGGUGACAAUCCUGCUUCGUUACAGUCUUCGUUAAAGCAGCAACUCUGUAAAAGGGUGAGUCUGUUUACAAGGAAAAGGAAGGACUGGGGUUCUAUGAAUGGAAAACUUCAGCUAAGAGGAGGCUCUGUCCCUUCGCAGGGCCAAAGGAAAUAAUACAACAACAAAAAAGACUUUUUUGGAGACCUAAGUCUAUUGGUUGUAAACAUUACAUUGCUGUAUUUAGGGGUAUUCUGUGUUUCUUCCUUGAAGUUUUCAGCAAUUGCCUUAUCAAGGUUUUUAAGUGAAAAGAUUCUGAUGUGGAGACUUUGGUGGAAGAGAAAAAUUAAGGUAACAGGGCCCUGUCCCACUGAUCACAUGGCUUUGGUGAUUGAGAAGGUCUAAACUCCUGACUGUCAUCUCCUAUCUGAUUCUUAGCAGUGUCAGGGGUUAAACCGUCCUUGUCUUCAACUGUGUAAAACCAUCUAUGGUUUUUUGAGAAAUGGUAACGGGGAAAACAUUUGGGACCAAGCUGAGGCACUGUUCCCAGUAAAUUAAGGACUUUUUAUCAGGCUAAAGCAGGCCAGAACCAAUUGCUUUUAAAUAAAAUUUUAAGUGAUGCUGUAUUACAUAGAAAAAAAGAUGUUUAAAAUCCUGUAAUUUAGAACAGUGAAAAGUGUCUUUUGAGAUUUAACUGACAUUUUACAUUACCAUAGAAACAAGAUUACCCUGUGUUUACAGAUUCAGUCCUGUGGUGAGGUGAUUUUUAAGAGAAGAGUUAUUUAAUAUAAUGUUCUCUUAGUCCCUGUUUUUUUAAGUUGUGCUCUAUGUCCAGGCCCUUUCCAAGAAAAAAGGGGCGAAUUUUGUUUCUGGUGGUCUCUUUCUUCUCUUAAAAUUGGCAGUGCUGUUCUUUGUGUUGCCCGUUCUUCUCUUCUGAUGGCACUGGUUAACACAGGUUGGAACAUAUCACCUAUCAUCUCUCAGCCUCAUUUCUGGGGGUUCUGAAUCAGAGUUUUUUAACACUGGUUCCUGAGAACUAAAGGUCUUUUGAGUCUUAUUGUCUUUCUAAUCCCAGGGCAUUUAUUUCCUUUGUCAUAAACACUUGGUGUCCCACGUGGUGAAUUAGUUUUUUUUUUUUUUUUUAAUAAAAUG